AUGAUUGUAAAACAUUUCUUUUUUAUUCCUCAUUGUUUGUCUGUUUUUUACUCACUUGCAUCAGGAGAUUUUCAACGGGACAAUGAAAAUGAUCCUCCACAAUCAUCUAUCCCUCCAUCAAACGGCGCUGUGUCGGUUAGGUCCAGUGAUAUGGCUUCGGAGGAUCUUUCAUUAUCACCCGGUCGACCUACUUUGUCUUGUCUGUUGGCUGUGCUCCAUUUGAUGGCAAGAGCCUCACCCUCUUCUCUCGUAUCGAACACAGAGUUGGUUGCAGGCCAGACAACAGGAUUCGACUUAACUUAUCAAGGCCAUUGCGGCCAACUAUUGCGCUGGCUGCAUACACAAACAAGCCAACAACCACUAGUUUUCUCUUCAAUCUCAUCCUCUUCAGCUUCUUGCACCUCUUCUAUUUCUUCAUAUACCCCCUCUGUUUCUUUGUCUCAUGGAGGUGACCAUCUUGCGGCGUCUCUCUCUUCGGUUGACUCGAUCGCUUCUGUUACAAAAAAUACCAAAUCCACUCCUAACACUUCAACUGUAUCUCUUGACGUAACUCAGUGUCAUUUAGGUCAGCUGGACAGUCAGAGUCUACAUCAUCUUAUUUGUUCUGUUGAAGCCUGUUUAGCCCAUAUUCAUUUAGAACGCGCUAAGCGCGCAAAGGCUGCACUCGUCACUAGCGGUCUGAAGCCGGAUCCUGGUACGCUGCGUGCUUUGAACAAUCUUCCAACAGAUUUAACGUAA